CGUUCCCACAGAGCCUGCCUGUCAACUUUGAGAUUGAUCUCUUAUUAUUCGGCCCACCGGUUUUACUUCAAAAGGCAGUGCGUGUCUUUAAAAUGGAGUCUGUCAAAGGCCGAAAGAUUUUGAGGAUCAGAGUUUUUGCUCAGUCGAAAUUGUUGGGUGCAUAGCCAUUUCUACAACAAGAUGGAGAACAUAAAAAGAGCUCCACCUAAAGACCAGACAUGUCAGUCCUCAGCUGAAGACUGGUUCAAGAGAAGGCAGAGAUCCGUCGAGCAUGACAGGGCAGAGACGAAACACGGCCACAGCAGCGUCUCUCAAGCCACCACCAGGACUUCUGAUCUUAGAAGAAAGACUGGAAAGUUAUGGAAAGAGAAUAGAUCCGAGGCUUCAUCUCAGGACAAAAGAAUCAGUAGGAGGUCGUCCGACAGAAAAGAUCCUGCUCACAGUGUCAAAUCAGCAAUUUCAUGUAGUAGCACUUUUGAGAUGAAACUUGUAGAUUUUCCUGAAUUGGGUGACAUCACACCUGGUGACCCUGCGUUAACCUCCUGGCCCCUGGAGUCGUCAGCAUGUGUUUCAGUGAUGUCAGAAGAGCGACAGAGUUUACCAGCAGCUACUUGUAAGAAUGUAGCAAAUCGAAGAACAAAGCCGGCACGACAAGUCCCAUCGAACAGACAGAAUGAUGUUUUAUUGGCCGUCACAACAGAUCAGGAUAAUGCCACAUCCAAUCCGGCUGGACCUGCAUCCUGGGCAAAUAUUGCUUCUCAGCCUCCAAAAGUCAUUGAGAAAUGCCCUAAACCCAACACAUCAUCUCAGGAGGAUUUAUAUGCACAACCAGGAGAGCAGAAAACCGAGAAGAAGAAGAGAAAGAAAAAGAGGAAGACUAAAACAACCUCCGAGGACACGAAACGGCAGAUACCAGAGGAACAUCUGAUACAGCAGGAGCCUCCAAAGAUUGGGGAUGAGGAGGAGUUUCCAGACCUGUCGCUUGCACUUGAAGUCAAAGGACAUUCUGGAGCACAGAAAGAAGGAUCGUCUCUACAGAUAAAAUACAAAACAGCACCUGCCUCUAGUGAUGCUAAGAAAACACAGCAGGUUAGUCAGAAGAAGUCUAAAGUCCCUGUGCAGCUGGACCUGGGAAACAUGUUGGCCGCCCUGGAGCAGAAGCAACAGUGUCAGAAAUCCAAACAAGACCAGCGGCCGUUGACCAUCUCUGUUGGUGGAGCUCUGCAUGUGGUCCAUAAGGAGCCUUCGGUUCAGAAGAAGCCACGGCAGCAGGAGAUGAUGCCUCAUAACCCGCUGGACUCCACCUGUCCUUUAGUGAAGAAGGGAAAACAACGAGAAGUUCCGAAAGCGAAGAAACCAACGCCUCUUAAACGAGUGAUUCUAAAGGAAAGGGAAGAGAGGAAACAGAACCGCCUGCUGGAGGAGAGAGACCCAGCCCGAUUGGUCACUGAGGCCGUGGAAAUGGAAACCAGUGAGAACCCCUCGGAUACAAGCCUGCCUGACCAGGACCAACAUCUCACAAGUGACAACCCUGAACUUGUUUGUAUUGAAGAACCAGAGAGCGACCAGCCCAUUUCAGAGUCUAAUGACACGCCGGAUAAUGAUGUGGUGGAAAAUCCAACAUUACUAUCCUGUAAUCCCGAAUCCAACCCUAAUCUUCCCAAAAUCCACAGCAGGAAGUUCAGGGACUACUGCAAUCAGGUGCUGAGGAAAGAUGUGGAUGAAUGUGUGACCACUUUACUGAAGGAGCUGGUGAGGUUUCAGGAUCGUCUUUAUCAGAAAGAUCCCAUGAAGGCUAGGAUGAAGCGUCGGGUGGUCAUGGGACUGCGAGAGGUGCUGAAACAUCUCAAACUCAGGAAAGUCAAGUGUGUUAUCAUCUCGCCCAACUGUGAACGUAUACAGUCCAAAGGUGGUCUAGACGAGGCUCUCCACACCAUCAUCGACACGUGUCGGGAACAGUCCAUUCCAUUCGUUUUUGCCCUGUCGAGAAAGGCACUGGGGCGCUGUGUAAACAAAGCCGUCCCCGUGAGCUUAGUGGGCAUCUUUAACUACGACGGGGCACAAGACCACUAUCACAAAAUGAUCGAGUUAUCGGCAGAGGCCAGGAAGGCCUACGAGGUGAUGAUUGCGAAUCUUGACACUUCAUCGCAGGAACAGCUGGAGGAACAGCUGGAGGUGGAGACCUCAGAAGAACCUUCUGGAACUGAAGAGCCCGACUACAUAAAAGUCUGGAAGAAAAUGCUGGAGAAAGAUUUCGAGCACUCUUUCCUGAAUUUUGAGGAGCACUUUUCAUCGGUUUCCAUCGGUUCAGAGGAGCAUCUGCGUGACCAAGAAGGAAGCUGAAGGAAGUGAGAGUUGAGAAUCUCAGUUUUUGUCCAUGUGCUGUGCUGAGGUCAUGCUUCUGUGAGGCGGAAAGUAGAACACAGCGUGUUGGACCCACACAUGAGCUUCUAGCACACACCGAGGAAAUCUUGAAGUACCAAACGUGCCUAUGAUUGUCUAGGAUUAUAAUGAAAUGCAAGCGUUAACACGUGGCAUGGAAUGAUGUCAUUAAUCAAGGCAAUACAGAUGAAAAUAGCCCUUGACUAAAUAUUUUCGUAUAGAUUAUCACAUACUUAGUUUGUUGUUUGGCAAUCUGAAUGGUGAAUAUUUUUGUAGAUAUCUCCUCUAUCUCAAUUUCUAUUCAAAGAAAUGUACUAGUUUGAUAAAGAUAUGAAAUCAGAACCACUAGAUUGUUGUAAAUGUUUACAUUUGGAAAGCAAAUGUAUUUUCCUUCUCCUAUAUCAUGACCACUGUGUUUGUAGCAAAAUUGUGUCAGCAAGACACUUUUCAGUUCUUCAAGCUGGUAAAUGAAUGAAUGAAUGUUAUGACCACGAACUGUAUUUGGGAACACGUAUCCGCUCCUCACUUAAUUCAGUUUCCUUACAUUUAAUUUGUAAUCCACUUUAUCCAAGUGAGGGUUCCUGUACACUAGCUAAUCCAUUAUCAUUGAAUCAAAGAGAGUCCUUGUGGUUCAUUUUUAACAGUUUAUGGAUCAUGUGGUUUGUAGUUAAUCAAACAUUUUCAUUUUAUGUAGUUGUUCAGUACUCUGCACAUACAUGUGGCGUAAGACGAACUACUUACAACUUCACUUUAAUGGAGGAUUUAUUUCAGAUAAAACCGUGUGCUUUGCUGCCAUGUAGAAAAAAGUUGACUUUGGGACCAAAACAUUUUGUGUGUUGUGGAUGAUUGAAUGCAAGCACAAGGUUUCUCCAGUAUUUGCAAUAAAUUCUUUGCAAUAACUGA